UGAAAGCGGAACAAUAGCGUCUGUCAGACAAAAGUGUGAGGCGCCAAACUCAAACUGCAAAAAAUGUCAACCAGCGGAGUGGAAACUGCAGCUCAGAGCCCGCUGCUCUCCUCCAGCUUCUGUUUCAGCCCGUGUGUUUGUAUGAGGGGCUGGUCAUCCGCCGUGUGGAAUGGCCUCCCUGACCCGCUGCUGGCCGCUGCCUCCUCCAGAUGCUCUGCCCCCGAGCCAUGGCUCCUCCCCGGCUGCAGCUCUGUCUAUGACAGCCUGGUCAGUAACCUCUCUCCAAUUCCAUCUGCUCCGGCUGCCAGCGGCCUGCGAGGACGAGAGAGGGCAACCCCCAACAAACCUCGCAGGCCGUCCAUCCUGGAGCGCUGUAUACUCAAAGUGUCCACCAGCAGUGUGGCUGUGGGGACGGACGAUCUGGACAACAAGAGGCCCCCUCCUGGUCGCUCCUACCCCCGCCUCCCGGACCCGGCCAACAUGGAGACCAACGCUGCAGUUUUGAAGCGGCGGCAGAAACAGAUCCAGUAUGGCAAAAACACCAGCGGCUACCAGAACUACCUGCAGCAAGUCCCCAAACACCUGAGGGACGCUAAACUCCACCCGUCCACUCCCAACAAGUACAGGAAGUACAGCAGGCGCUCCUGGGACAUGCAGGUGCGUCUGUGGAGGCGAGCGCUGCACCUGUGGGAUCCUCCGACUGACACCCAGCCGGACACUGCUGACACACAGGACCCUGUGGAGCAACUGCAGAACCAGCUGGCAAAGAUGACCUCUGACCUCUGUGAGGAUGGAGGAGACAAGCAGAGAGAGAAAGAGACUCCAGCAGCCUCUAAAGCCUCCUCUGUGUCUCCUCUGUCAGCCUUAACGUCUUUGGAGCUGACGGGACCCUGGAACGUCCCGCUUUCACCGGAGGCUGAGAUGAACCAAAGGGCUCUACGAUCUCCUCCCGGCCUAAGCUACUCCUUCAGAAGUCGGCUGACCAACAAUGACAACAUGACAGACUGGCUCCGCCUCCUGCUGGAGGCAGACAACGGCCAAGAUUUUGGCUCUGAUGACCAGCAGGUUCCUGUUUUCUCUGACCAGCUCUUGUGGAAUCCAUACUAAGUCACCUAAUCUCCACCAGUCUGAAAGAAACAAAGUUCAGUCGUCUGUAAACGUCUGAAACUCCUCAAUCAUCUUUGAGGAAACUCGAUGUGGCAUUGUUUAUCCUCAAUGUGUCGGAGUAGAGUUUGUGUGUUUCCAGUACAUUUGUCUUUUUAAGAUGCUUGAAGAUUUACUAUGACAGCAGGGAUGUGACUGAUCCUUGAUCAGAGUACCAUCCAACCCUCCAUCGGGAGGCCUGCGACCUGAAGAGAGGAACCACCUCUUCUCUCAGCUGAACACCUGAGCAUGAUACGAUAGUUUGCACUUUAUAUAUUUAUGUUAAAUUGCAUCAGAUGGCACACUUCUCACCUGCAUCAUGUUUUAGUUUCAACUUCUGCACUAAUGGAAAAGCUGCUAUAUAUAUAUCUAUAUAUUUUUUUUUUGUACUUUAAGUCACUUUGUGUCACUUUUAUCGCCUCUUCUGCAGGCUUGUCUUUUGUCCACCAUCACCUUCAUGCUCUACUGUCUGGCUCAGGCUCCAGCUUCUCCUUUCUCUACCUCCAAUGUUUUUUCUAAAAAACAAAAAACCCUUAUUAAUUGAAGGGAAAUGGCUGUCACUUUGUGUUGUGAGUUUUAUUUUACUUUGUUUGUCAUUUUGUGCUGCUUGAAUGUCAAGAGCAAAGCUGAACGAUUAAUAAAGAUGUAAAUAAAGUGUUAUAAAUUCA